CAUCAUCAAAAUGUCAACCGUGAUUCUCGGCGGAGGUAUCAUUGGAUCCUCAAUCGCCUACUAUCUCUCCCAAAUCCAACCAGCUGACGAUAUCCAUGUCAUUGAGUCAUCAUCCACACUUUUCUGCUCCGCCUCUGGCUAUGCCGCUGGGUUCAUGGCCAAGGAUUGGUUCGCCCCUACGCUCGCGCCAUUAGGAGAGCUCUCUUUCAAACUACACGAGUCCCUUGCUGCUGAGCACGGAGGCGCACAGAAAUGGGGAUAUAUGAAGGGUGUGGCGUUGAGUCUAGGAUCGGCCAGCAACAAAGGUGGUGCUCGGGGCGACGAUUGGCUUCGUGCGGGCACCAGCCGCGCAGAGACGGCUGCAGGGACAACUCAGUAUCCCGACCCCGACGUCCCAGAGUGGUUGACCCAGCAGCAAGGCGCAGUGGUGGAGCAGAUUAGCGAUGCGGAAACAACUGCCCAGGUUGAUCCCUUGCGGCUGUGCAGAUUCCUGAUGGACGCUUGCACGUCACGCGGAGUCAAGCUACACCAUCCUACUAGAGCCUCGUCUCUCGUUAGAGAUAAGAGCGGUGCUAUCACCGGCGUCAAGAUCGUCAACUUGGACACGAAAGUCGAAUCCACGAUUCCCUGUACAAAUCUCGUGGUUUGCGCAGGACCAUGGACACCACAGGUGUUCCGUGACCUGUUCCCAUCGUCCCAGAUCUCUCUUCCUAUAUAUUCGCUGGCCGGAUAUUCUCUUGUUCUUCGCUCGCCUAGACACACCCUGGAGCAUGAGCAGAAAACGUACGGCGGCGGGAGCCAUUCUGUCUUCACGACAUUACCCCCAUCUUGCGGCUUCAGUCCUGAGAUCUUCUCUCGUGAAGGAGGUGAAAUCUACAUUGCGGGAUUGAAUACCAGGACACUCCCGCUCCCAGAACGACCAGACGACUUCCACAAGUCAAUGGAUCAGAAAGAGAUGGACAGACUGAAGGGGGCGGCUGUCCGUCUGCUUGGAAGGAUUGCAGAGGGCACUGCCGGAGCAUCUGACGAAGCUCCGAGCGUUGACGACUUGAAGAUAACCCGCGAAGGCCUGUGUUUCCGUCCUGCUUCGGAGCGCGGCACACCUUAUGUCGCGAGAGUCGACGACAAAUUGGUGGGAGAUGGCAUGGCCGGCAAAGGCGGCGUGUUUGUCGCCUCGGGCCAUGGUCCUUGGGGAAUCUCGCUUUCACUGGGAACUGGAAAGGUCAUUGCAGAUAUGGUUAGGGGAGUGCAACCAGCAGCAGAUGUCAGUGGGCUAGGUUUGGACGUGACCGACGUCCGGAGUCGGUUAUAGAGCAUAUACAGACUUGAC